UUUUCAGUGAACUUGUUCCGGACUCUUCCUCCGUCCUCCAACCCGACCGGAGCCGAGUUUGAUCGAGAGGACGAACCGACGCUGGAGGCUGCCUGGCCUCACCUUCAGCUGGUGUAUGAGUUCUUCCUUCGCUUCCUGGAGUCUCCAGACUUCCAGCCAAACGUCGCCAAACACAUCGACCAGAAGUUUGUAAUGUCGCUGCUGGAGCUGUUUGACAGCGAGGAUCCCAGAGAGAGAGACUUCCUGAAGACCAUCCUCCACCGGAUCUACGGCAAGUUCCUCGGCCUCCGGGCCUACAUCCGCCGCCAGAUCAACAACAUCUUCUACAGAUUCAUCUAUGAGACUGAACAUCACAACGGCAUCGCUGAGCUGCUGGAGAUCCUGGGGAGCAUCAUCAACGGCUUCGCUCUCCCUCUGAAAGAAGAACACAAGAUGUUUCUGAUCCGAGUUCUUCUGCCACUUCAUAAAGUCAAGUCUCUCAGCGUCUACCACCCUCAGCUGGCGUACUGCGUGGUCCAGUUCCUGGAGAAAGACAGCAGUCUGACGGAGCCGGUGAUCAUGGGUCUGCUGAAGUUCUGGCCGAAGACUCACAGUCCGAAGGAGGUGAUGUUCCUGAACGAGCUGGAGGAGAUCCUGGACGUCAUCGAGCCGUCUGAGUUCGUCAAGGUCCAAGAGCCGCUCUUCAGACAGCUCGCCAAGUGUGUGUCCAGCCCGCAUUUCCAGGUGGCGGAGCGAGCUCUGUAUUACUGGAACAACGAGUACAUCAUGAGUCUGAUCAGUGACAACGCCGCCAAGAUCCUCCCCAUCAUGUUCCCCGCCCUCUACAAGAACUCCAAGAGCCACUGGAACAAGACCAUCCACGGGCUGAUCUACAACGCUCUGAAGCUCUUCAUGGAGAUGAACCAGAAGCUGUUUGACGACUGCACGCAGCAAUACAAGGCCGAGAAGCAAAAAGAGAAAUACAAGCUGAAGGAGAGAGAGGAGGUCUGGCACAAGAUAGAGGAGCUGGCCCGACAGAACCCCCAGAGCAAUAAGCUCCACCCCCUCCGCCCUGGACUCCACCCACAGGAAGAGUACAUGCUGUACAGCGACAGUACUACUGUGGCUGUGUACUCGAUGGAAACAGAGACUCCAACAGCUGAAGACAUCCAGCUGCUGAAGAAGACCGUGGAGAGCGAAGCCUCACAGGGUAUGAAGGACCUGAAGAAGGACAAGGUCCUGAUGAGGAGGAAGUCAGAGCUGCCGCAGGACGUCUACACCAUCAAAGCUCUGGAGGCUCACAAGAGAGCCGAGGAGUACCUGACAGCCAAUCAGGAGGCUCUCUGACCGGGGGAGGAGGUCCCUGAGCCCGACUCCGCACCCCUCCUGUCCGUCUCUCUGGGGAGGAAGUUGAAGCUGUCGUGGAGAAACUGGUCUGGGGUCAGAUCAGGACUAAAACAAAAAACAAAGCUGGCCUCUGGCCCCCGGGGGCCGCUAAAGAGCGGGACUCUGUAGAGCUGUUUCAGCGUGUCAGUGGUCAUGUGACGAUGACAUCAUCCACUUCAUCAGCUUCAAAAUCACAAACGGCCUGCAGGCGGCACAAAGACCGGAGGUCCCUGAACGCAUCACCACUGGGCCUUUUCCACUUCGGGAACCGAACCACCUGUGAAUGAAUGUUGCCGUCUCCUUCCAGGUUCUUCCAGAACCUUCCAGGUCCUGUGAAGCUCCAGGUUUCAUGGCGUUGAGUUCCUGCAGUGGAAAAGAGCUCUAACGCAUCUCCUUUGUCCUGUGACACCUGAACGCAGCACAGAUGAGUUCACUGACUCGCCCAGUCCUCCGGCAGCAGCUUCACCCCAGAGCCCCGCCCCCUCCACCCAACCUGACCAAUCACUUGUCAGCAUGGAUCUGAGCUGGACUCUGAAGCGGCUUCACACGGACCGAUGAUGAUGAGGAGGAGGAGACACAGUGAAUGUAGACGUCCAAUCAGCUUUCAGCAGAACCAAGAGGAAGUUUGAUUCAUUUCCUGUUUUGUUUGUUUUGAUGUUUGUCGUCAUGAUGUCAUCAAGUUUAGACCAAUGAGAGAAGUCGUUUGCAUGAUCAAACCUUUUAUUUUGUCGUUAGUCUGAACACGUAAAGAACAAAACCCCUCGAAUCUGAACGUCUCAUCAGGUCAGAGGUCAAACACCAAACUGCCGUGAUAUGUUCAGGGGCUGUGGGAAAUUAUGCAGACUGUGAAAUAAGCUUCUGGUGUGAAUAUUAACCGGUUUCAGUGAAUCCACGAGACGCUGUCACUUUAUUCUAAUUUCACUAAUCAGAACAGCGAAGUCACUUCCUGCGUCUCGUUUCACGUUAAAGCUUUACACGGGCCGACCGCAUGGAUGCUUUUAUUGUGAAGUACAACAGGAAACGGGUUGUGUCACAGACGUCCGACAGCAGAACUUCACUGCUGUCAUGAAACCUUUAAAGGAUCUUUAGAGUUUUCAAUCAGACGCGUCAGGAUCAGUCACUUCCUGUAAAUGCGUCUGUAAAUGUGAACGCUGUUCCUGCAGACCCACUUCCUGCGCUCAGACCGGCUGCGGCUCGACCCGAGUCUGGAUCAGUUCCACACGGCUGCUAUCGGAGCUGCAAACGGUUCAGACGUGUCGCUGAUCGACGUGCUAAACAAACGCUUCAGCUGCAGAACCAAACUAAAUGUUUCACACACACAUAAACAUACGUGUGCGUGUCUUUAAGUAGUUGAAUGAUACGCUUUCAUGUAACCUAAGACUCAGAUUCCCAUGAUCCUUUGCGGUCUGGGUCGUGUUUACACGAACAAGCGUGUGGCGCUGCCUGAAAAGUUCGUAACGAAGAGAAAACGUUGAGGAUCGUUGUUUUCGUUUCACCGCCACAGACUUGUUUUCACUAACUGCAGCAGAAAUGAAUUUAAAUCACUGAAGAAAAACUACAAACGUCAUUAAAGUGCAUUUUUCUUCAAACUCGCCGUCGUCCAGAAAGCAGUUAAAGAAAAUGUGUGAAAUUCAGUUUCUUAGAUGCAAAGUUCAGUCACACUUGUGAUAGAAGCUCAGAGUGAACUGAGAGACACGACCUUUAAGAUGCAGGCCACGUUUUUGUGACAUGAAACGCCCACGAGCAAAUACAUAUUCCAGAUUCAGUAAUCCAGAGAGAGCGCGUUCAGGUCUGAGCGUUAACCUGUUCGCCAUUCUUGUUUUGACUAUCGAGCAUUUCCUCGUGUAACCGUGUAACCUCGCUGCUGUACUGCACCGCGGCGCAGAAACAAUCCUCCGUAUGAAAACACUUUUACUCUCCAGGCGGCGGCGUGUGGGCGGAGAGACGUCUUGUAUAUUGCCAUGUAUAUCGACUUGUGGCCACGUCCCACUGCAACGCUUAAGCCCCUCCCCCUUCAUUUUAUUUUUUUAUUCUUACGUUCUAGUCAGCUGGUUUUUGUUGCACGUGGUCUUCAACUCACCGUCCCGUGAUUCGCUGUCAAUGGAGACCGUUCCCGUGGCGGGAAAGCCAUCCCUCGCCGCUGGACCGAACGGCCGCCACAGCUUCUACUGUCAAUCAAACUGGAGUCUGGUUUUAAUCAGAGGAAGAGUUGUUAUUGAUCCGAUGUGAUCAUAACAUCCGUUAAAGUAGAACCUUUCAGCAAACUGAACCAAACUACAUGGACAUUUCUAAGAAUUUAAGGACAAUCCUGCAGAUAAUAAUACGUGUAGUUCAGUGGGGGGGGGGGGGGGGGGGCGGAGCUGUAACAGCGUUUGUCCAGCGGCGAGACGUUUAGGGAAAGAAAACAUGGCGGCGAUCUGUCCACUCGACACUUACAAACCUGAACGCUGCUUCCUGUCGUCCUGUACAUAAUGUUGAACUUUAUUUGUUGGAGCAUUACAUGGUAUGAAAGUCUGAUUUUGUACAGAUGUUCAUGUAUGUACAGAACAAAAUAAACAGAAAUAAAGUGGACAUGUUUGACAA